AUGCUCAAUCGCCUCGGUGGCCAGCCGGAGAGUUACGACAAGAAGCCUAACGAGCCGUGGACGGUCUUUAGAUCCAAAUACCGCUUCGGAAGAACACUCGGUGCCGGUACCUAUGGCGUCGUUCGGGAGGCCGAUAGCCCUACUGGCAAGGUUGCUAUCAAGAUCAUUCUCAAGAAGAACGUCAAGGGCAACGAGCAAAUGGUCUACGACGAACUAGAGAUGCUCCAGCGCCUCCACCACCCCAAUAUCGUUAAAUUCGUGGAUUGGUUUGAGUCGAGGGACAAGUAUUACAUCGUCACCCAACUGGCGACGGGCGGCGAGCUCUUCGACCGCAUUUGCGAGCAGGGAAAAUUCACAGAGAAGGACGCAUCGCAGACCAUCAGGCAAGUUCUCGACGCCGUGAACUACCUCCACAAGAAUAAUGUAGUCCAUCGAGAUCUCAAACCGGAGAACCUCCUCUACAUAAGCAGAGAUCUCGACUCUGAGCUCGUUCUUGCCGAUUUCGGCAUUGCCAAGAUGCUUGACCGAAAGGGCGAAGUCCUCACCACCAUGGCGGGUUCAUUCGGCUAUGCGGCUCCAGAAGUCAUGCUCAAACAGGGUCACGGCAAGCCGGUCGACAUGUGGUCUAUGGGCGUCAUCACGUACACCCUCCUUUGCGGCUACUCGCCCUUCCGGUCGGAGAGUCUCCAGGAGCUCAUCGACGAAUGCUCGUCAGGACGGAUCGUCUUCCACGAGCGGUACUGGAAAGACGUCAGCCAGGAUGCCAAGGACUUCAUCUUGGGUCUCCUGCAACCGAAGCCGGAAAGGCGAUGGACUAGUGAGGAGGCGCUGCGGCAUCCGUGGCUAAGCGGCGAGAACGCCACCGACCACAACCUUCUGCCCGAGAUCAAGGCGUACAUGGCCAAGGCCAGGCUACGUCGCGGCAUCGAAAUGGUCAAGCUCGCCAACCGCAUCCAGGCUCUCAAAAUCCAGGAAGAGGACCCCGAAGACACCGACUUUGGCGACGACUCCUUUUCCAGCCAUCAAACCGAUUUAUCCACCGACAAGAAGGCUCUCUCCAAGACUAUCAAGGGUGCCAUUUUCCGCGAAGUGGUCUUCGCCAAAGUGCGCGAGAUGAAACAGCAGCAAGAUACCCAGAAGGUCAAGGAAGAGGCGGAGAAAGAAGCCAAGAGACGCACGUUUCAAUAG